UUUGUGGAGCUGCGUCGUCUGACUUCCUUUAGCAUAGCGCCAUUUUCGUCCUUGUCACGAGACUACAUCAUGCUUCUAUCAAACAGAUAAUAGGAUUAACAUCGAUCGUUGGUUGACCUAUUCCUUCAUUACUUUUAUAAAAUGGGAAGAAAAAAGAAGAAGCAGAUGAAACCAUGGUGCUGGUAUUGUAAUCGAGAUUUUGACGAUGAAAAGAUUCUCAUUCAGCAUCAAAAGGCAAAGCAUUUUAAAUGCCAUAUUUGCCACAAAAAGUUGUACACCGGCCCCGGCUUGGCUAUUCACUGCAUGCAGGUGCACAAAGAGACAAUUGAUAGUGUUCCAAAUGCAAUCCCUGGAAGAACAGAUAUUGAACUGGAGAUCUACGGCAUGGAAGGAAUUCCAGAGAAAGACAUGCAAGAAAGACGGAGAACUUUAGAACAAAAAUCUCAAGAGAGUCAGAAGAAGAAGAACAAUCAAGAUGAUUCUGAUGAAGAUGACGACGAUGAUGACGCAGGACCGUCAGUUUCACAGGUUCCUGCUGUCGCGCCCCAGGCGUCUUAUGCUGUACCAAUGACACAACCGGGGAUGCCACCUGUGGCCGGUGUUCCUCAUGCAGGAUACCAAGGCAUGCCUCCCAUGAUGCCCGGGGUUCCUCCCAUGAUGCACGGCAUGCCUCCUGCUAUGCAUGGAAUGCCUCCCGCGAUGAUGCCAAUGGGAGGGAUGAUGCCUCCCAUGAUGCCAGGAAUGCCAGGCAUUCCUCCAGCAAUGCCGCCUCACAUGGCUCCAAGACCAGGGAUGCCGCAUGUGGCUCCAAGCCCCGCUGCAGGACCAAUACCCAGUCGACCAGCGGUGCCAGUGACUCAGCCGGCUGUCGCCAAACCACUUUUCCCCAGCGCAGCACAGAUGGGCUCUGGUGUUCACAGCAGCACAGCAGCUGUGUCCUCUCCACCUGCAGACCCUCAGUCUGCCUCUUCCCAGCAUCCCUUUCGUAACAUGCCACAAGCCCAGCAGAACGCUCCAGGGGCUGCAGCUUCAAACCCGCUCACCGCUGCGGUCACCGCUGACCCCCCCAAAGCAACAUUCCCCGCCUACACCCAACCCUCUGUCUCUUCUUCCUCUGCCUCUUCUAACCCCUCUAGCAGCACUGUGGUCAAACCCCCGGCCACAGUGACCAGUAAGCCCGCUACCCUCACCACUACGAGUGCAACCAGUAAGUUGAUCCACCCUGAUGAGGAUAUCUCACUGGAGGAAAUGAAGGCUACGUUACCCAGAUACCAGCGCCUCAUACCCAGGCCUGGUCAGGCCCUGACUGCUGCUGCUCCCUCUGUGGCAGCCGUGGGCGGCAUAAUGCCCCCGCAGCAAGGCAUGCCCCCGCAGCAGCCCGGCAUGAGGCAUCCCUUGCAUGGUCAGUACGGUGCCCCUCCCCAGGGCAUGCCAGGUUACAUACCUGGAGGGAUUCCUCCAUAUGGGCAGGGUCCCCCCAUGGUUCCCCCUUACCAGGGAGGCCCUCCCAUGGGUAUGAGGCCGCCCGUCAUGUCUCCAGCCGGACGCUACUGAGGAAGCAAAGAAUUCUUCCACCACAUUAGGUUUGAGGCUAACACCUUUCUCUCACCUUUUUCAAACCUAGCUGCAAGCAAAGAGGAGUUAAGAUCAGUGGUGAUGAAGACGUGUUUUGUUUAAACUCAUGGACAUUAAUUGUAAAAUGUUAAGUGAAAUGCAGCCAAACAGCAUGCAAAUACCUAAAGGUUGUUUGGGAUCUAAUUGAUGAUGACGUGAGGAUAUAUUCUUUCCCAUAGAUUUCACUCAGGUUCAUUGUGGUGAAGUUUGUAAAAAUGAUUCAUAUUUUCUUUUGAAGCUGCUGGAGUAACAUGAACAUACCAACUUCUUACAAAGGCAAGUUUCUCUUGUAAACCAUUUGUUUACUUUAGUGGAGUUAUUGAGGCCUUCACAGCAUGCAUAGAUGCUGUUGGACAUUUUGUCCCCAACCAUGGUUGGUGAGGGUCUCAGUGAUUUAAGAUGAUUCCAACAAAGUAGUGUUCGAGUUUGUGACUCAUCAGUCUCUAGCUUUAUUCUUCUUUCAGGUUUGUUUUUGUUGUUGUUUCCUGGUUCAAUUCAACUUGUAUGCAUCCUUUGUAAUGUUUUAUUGAUUUGUUGUAAUAAAAUCCAUCUUUGAAACCCAA